AUGGCCGAAUCGCAUUAUUUGGGGCAGCGCAUAUCGUAUGACGAUGCCCUCUGCACUGUCCGUUACAUCGGUGAGGUGGCUGGCGCGAGCGGUGCAUGGCUAGGCGUCGAAUGGGACGACGGCACCCGUGGUAAACACGACGGCUCGCACAAGGGGAAGCGAUACUUUCAAUGUGUAUCCGAGUCUGCCACGGCCGCAUCGUUUGUGCGGCCAACCCGCCCCUCCGACACCCCGGUGAGCUUCGUGGCCGCGCUCAAGGCCAAGUAUGUGGAGGAGGAGCCCGAGGCGAGCGACGCCCCGUACUCGCAGAUCAAGUUUGCGGGCAAGGUUGCCGAGGAGGUGGGCUUCGACAAGGUGCGCCGCCAGAUGGCGCAGCUGGACGAGCUCAAGAUGGCCAUCCUGGACGGUGUGCACAUGGCCUUUGCCCGUCAGGAAGGCGAGCCGACAGUGGCGCAGGUCAGCCCGAAGCUCACGCACAUUGAUAUAAGCAGGAAUCUGUUUGAGAAUCUUGGCCCGGUUGUGGAGAUUUGCAAGGACCUGCCGAGCCUCAUGAAACUGGCAAUCAAUGGAAAUCGAUUUCAGAAUGUUCUAGAGGAUGCUGCCCUUGAUGAAGCCGCAACCGCAUUCUCGCACGUCACUGAGCUAGGCAUUGGAGACAACAUGCUGAGCUGGCAGGAGAUUUGCCGCAUCGCAAUCGCCUUUCCUUCUCUCACCAACCUGGCUGCCGGUGCCAACUAUCUUUCGCAGCUUUCUGCAGUGAAUUAUGGGAGUCUGUCCACAACUCUUACCUCACUCAAUCUCGAAUACAACAGCUUCAGUACGAUCUCCGACCUCGCCAGCCUAACAUCGCUGACCUCGCUGCGCAACAUCUACCUCAAGGGCAACAACAUCCGCAGCCUGUCAUCCGAAGGAACAUCAUGCCCCAUAUUCUCUACCUCUAUACGAUACAUUGACAUAUCCUACAACCAGGUCGACAACUGGGACUUUAUCGACAACCUCACCAAGCACUUCCCCGGCCUGACGGCGCUGCGCAUCAGCCACAACCCCGUCUACGACGUCCGCGCGUCGUACAAUGCACCAACGGCCACCGCAGACGAAGCGCACAUGUUUACCAUUGCCCGCAUCGGCCAGCUGCAGUCGCUCAACUUUUCGCAGGUCACGGCUGACGACCGCGCCAACGCCGAGAUGUUCUACCUCUCCCGCAUCGCCAAGCAGCUCGCCGCGGUCCCCGAUGCCGCCGCGCCGACGGUACUGGACCUGCACCCGCGGUACGCGGACCUGUGCGAGCUGUACGGCGCGCCCGACGUCGUCCGCAUCCAAGAAGUGAAUCCGGCGUUUCUGCAGGCUCGCCUGAUCACGCUGGCGCUGCAGUGCGCGGGCCGCGAGGACAAGACGACGCGGAUCCCGCAGGCGUUUGACAUUUACGCCGUCAAGGCGCGCGUGGCCAAGCUGUACGGCCUCUCGCCGCUCAAGCUCAAGCUGGUCUGGGAGACGGGCGAGUGGGAUCCGGUGACCAAGAAACACAGCGACGAGGGCGACACGUCGGACGAGGAAGAAGACGACGACGACGAGGUUGCGGUCCGAGUGGCCGAGGAGGCGACCAAGGAUACGUACGGGGAGAAGCUGGCAGGCGCGCAGCCUGGUCGGUGGGUGAAACGCGAGGUUGAGCUUCGCGAGGGGCCCAGACAGUUGGGGUACUGUGUGGAUGGCUUAGAUGCCAGGGUGCGAGUAGAGCCGCUGCGAUGA